CGACUCCACCCAAAAGCCUUCAGUUUGCGUUACUAGGGUAACGAUUGGAGCGCAGUGACACCAGACAGAGAAAAACGAAAUUGUUUUGUUUUUCUUAUUAAUGGUAUUUAAAGAAAAAAUAUUUUUGCAAAACUGAUUUUAGGAGGAUUUUGAUCGGCCCAAGCGAGUGACCCGUACGAAGGCGACAACGGCUGUGCAAAGGAGACUUGCUGUACGGAUUCGCUAGAUUUUGCGGCCUUGAUGCCGGACGGAAAAGCAACAAGCACGGAAAAUUCACAUUUUAGACGGCAAAGUAACAGCCUGCCGCCACCUUGUGUGGCUUCAAGUCCACAGUAGGCUCGAAUGCUUGUUCGGCACUGAUUGGUGGGUGAUGGCAGUAACAAUCUUAGGUGUGGGGAUCGGUGUUUUCCUGAUUGCCUUGAUCUGGAUUGUUUCUUUUUUUCUCUUCCUUGUCUUAUCUCGGGCAUCUGGAGCAGCCAGAUUACUGGUCAUUCCUGUGUUUUUGUUGGCCGUCAUAGUCACUGUAACCCUCAUUUUCUUCCCACGUACACCUGAAAGUCCAUCUUUAGUGAAAGAUGUUACUAUUGUGGAUACCUUCUUCAUUGGGAGGUAUGUGCUGCUGUCAAUACUAGCUCUGAUCUUCCUCGCAAGCCUGUUUCUGGUGUUACCAUUCUACAUACUGGAACCAAUAUAUGCCAAGCCUUUAAGAACUUUUUAAAGGAACUAAAUCUGGAUGGGGAAGCAAAGCAGGAAAAGCUGAUGAUGUUAAAAAACCUCAAUGGAGUCCUUUUUUCUGCUUGAUUCUGACUGUUGGCACAAUUUAGGAAUGUCUUUUUCUCAGUUGCUUUUCCAAAUUUAAAUAAUUAUAAGGCAUGCAUUCCAUUACUGCUCAAGGUGGAUGACUAGAAUUACAGAAGACAACAGGAUACUUCAUAUAUAUGGCCCGUGAAGUUCAGUAGUUUUUCAUAAGGUUUCCUUUUUAAAGUUCUUUGGUGCAGCAUUCAGUCAAACAUAUAAAUCGGCACUUUCUGCCAAGUUACUUUUCCACAGUCCUACAUUUAGGAUUCUGCCCUAAUAGUAAUACUUUGUAAGUUCUGGUUCUGGAAUGGUUUGCAAAAUGCAUCAUGGUGACAUGUACCUCUGUUUCUGUGUUAAGUUGCUUAUUUAUUUUCAUCUACACAGAUUAAUGUCUUUCUAGUGCCAUCUAUAGUUAAUUUUUCUUUACCACAAAAUGCACUAUGUACUUCAGAAUAAUUCAGUCAUUAUUUUUGUAAACUCUUUAUGGUUUCCUUCUUAUCAAUGUCAAAAUAUAUACCAGAUCAAAUAAACAAUUUUUUGCUAAAACAAAGAGAAAGAGAUUUUCAUGAACAGAAUUGCAAAGAUCAUUUGCAUCACCACAAGGAGGCGACCUUGACUUUCCUAAAUUGUUUUCAGUACAGCAUUGGGUGCUCUGCACUUUACCUUAAGAAACUUGACCCUUGCUCACACUUGUGCACUUUUUGAUAAUUUUAAAGACUUGCUCUCUGGUGCAUUUUACACAUCUCUUAUAACUACAAUGUAAACCCCAGCCCUAUUGCAGAACAAAAAAUAAUUAUCCUGAAUCCAGACCAUAUGACUUUAUAGUUUACCUUAAGAGGAGAAAUAUUCCCACCAGCACUUGUUACUCCACAUAAACUACUAUAGUUAUAUAUUUUGUGUGGCAUGUGUAUGCUUCCAUAUCUAUAUGUUGUGCUUUUAUUUUUCGAGUUUGCUGAAUGGUUGGUAAGAGAGCUGCCACUUGUGCUGUUUGCAUUUGAAAUAAUAUAAGUAUAGUCUGAAAUAUGUCCUCACAAAGUGAUCUCAUGGAGCAUUUCUAUACAAAUAAAAUGCAGCAUCUUC